AUGGCGUCCAAGCCCCAGGCUUCACCUACGAAGGUUGCUGUCCUUUCUGAUGGCACUACAGACUACCAGCCGCUCAGAUCUCGAGCUUACGACACGAAUAAACCUCACAUCACUGAGCUCCCAAUGACCUGGCGGAACUGGUAUCAGCAUCUGGACUGGUUGAGCAUCUACUUUAUCAUAGUCGUACCUAUCUCGGGUCUCGUCGCGGCCACGCAGGUCUCGCUACGGCUCUACACAGGAUUAUUUGCCGUUGUAUACUAUGUCAUGUGCGGUUCGGGUAUCACAGCCGGAUAUCACCGUCUCUGGGCACAUUCAUGCUACAAAGCAACCCUCCCGCUCAAGAUAUACUUGGCAGCUGCUGGGGCCGGUGCUGCCCAAGGGAGUAUCAGAUGGUGGUCGAGAGGCCACCGAGCCCAUCAUCGAUACACAGAUACAUCCAAAGACCCUUACUCUGUGCGUAAAGGAUUUUGGUAUAGCCACAUGGGGUGGAUGGUCAUGAAACAGAAUCCCAAGAGAAUCGGACGUUCGGACAUCAGCGAUUUGAAUGAGGAUCCAGUUGUGGUAUGGCAGCACAAACACUACAUCAAAUCGGUCCUGACCAUGGCCCUCAUCGUUCCGACCCUCGUCUGCGGUCUAGGAUGGGGCGACUGGUAUGGCGGGUUUGUGUAUGCUGGCAUUCUUCGCACAGGAUUCAUCCAACAAGCAACUUUCUGCGUCAACUCACUAGCUCACUGGCUGGGCGAACAGCCCUUCGAUGAUCGCAACUCGCCUCGCGACCACGUUAUCACCGCCCUUGUGACGCUCGGCGAGGGCUAUCACAACUUCCACCACGAAUUUCCCUCGGACUAUCGCAACGCUAUCGAAUGGUGGCAAUAUGAUCCUACGAAAUGGAUGAUUUGGACGUGGAAAAGGCUCGGGUUGGCCUACGAUCUCAAGCAAUUCAGACGGAAUGAGAUCGAAAAGGGCCGCCUUCAGCAACUGCAAAAGAAGGUGGACCAGAAACGGGCCAAACUGGAUUGGGGCAUUCCCAUAUCACAGUUACCAGUAUUCAGCUGGGAAGAGUUCGUUGCCCAAGCAAGAAGUAACGGCCAGGCUCUCGUCGCUAUUGGCGGCGUGAUACACGAUGUAGCUCCGUUCAUCAGAGAGCACCCUGGUGGUAGAGCACUGAUUUUGUCGGCUAUCGGCAAGGAUGCUACUGCGAUGUUCAAUGGUGGUGUUUACCAGCACUCUAACGCAGCCCAUAACCUGCUGUCCACUAUGCGCGUUGGGGUCAUUCUGGGCGGCGGUGAGGUGGAGAUUUGGAAGAGGACAAGAGCUGAGAAGGGAGCUGAAAAUGUUUGA